AUGAUGGCAAAAAACAAAGAGCCUCGCCCCCCGUCCUAUACCAUCAGUGUGGUUGGACUCUCUGGGACUGAAAAAGACAAGGGUAACUGUGGAGUUGGAAAGUCUUGUUUGUGCAAUAGAUUUGUACGCUCAAAAGCUGAUGAGUAUUAUCCAGAACACACUUCCGUGCUUAGCACCAUUGACUUCGGAGGACGAGUAGUAAACAAUGAUCAUUUUUUGUACUGGGGUGACAUAACGCAAAGUGGUGAAGAUGGAGUAGAAUGCAAAAUUCAUGUCAUUGAACAAACUGAGUUCAUUGAUGACCAGACUUUCUUGCCUCAUCGGAGUACGAAUUUGCAACCAUAUAUAAAGCGUGCAGCUGCCUCUAAAUUGCAGUCAGCAGAAAAACUAAUGUACAUUUGCACUGAUCAACUAGGCUUGGAGCAAGAUUUCGAACAGAAGCAAAUGCCUGAAGGGAAGCUCAAUGUAGAUGGAUUUUUAUUGUGCAUUGACGUAAGUCAGGGAUGCAAUAGGAAGUUUGAUGAUCAACUUAAAUUUGUGAAUAACCUUUUUGUCCAACUAUCAAAAUCAAAAAAGCCUGUAAUAAUAGCAGCAACUAAAUGUGAUGAAUGUGUGGAUCAUUAUCUUAGAGAAGUUCAGGCCUUUGCUUCAAACAAAAAGAACCUCCUUGUAGUGGAAACAUCAGCACGAUUUAACGUCAAUAUUGAGACAUGUUUCACUGCACUGGUACAAAUGUUGGAUAAAACUCGUGGCAAGCCUAAAAUUAUUCCCUAUCUGGAUGCUUAUAAAACACAGAGACAACUUGUUGUCACAGCAACAGAUAAGUUUGAAAAACUUGUGCAGACUGUGAGAGAUUAUCAUGCAACUUGGAAAACUGUUAGUAACAAAUUGAAAAAUCAUCCUGAUUAUGAAGAAUACAUCAACUUAGAGGGAACAAGAAAGGCUAGAAAUACAUUCUCAAAACACAUAGAACAGCUUAAACAGGAACAUAUAAGAAAAAGGAGAGAAGAAUAUAUAAAUACUUUACCAAGAGCUUUUAACACUCUUUUGCCAAAUCUGGAAGAGAUUGAACAUUUGAAUUGGUCAGAAGCUUUGAAGUUAAUGGAAAAGAGAGCAGAUUUUCAGUUAUGUUUUGUGGUGCUAGAAAAAACACCUUGGGAUGAAACUGACCAUAUAGACAAAAUUAAUGAUAGACGGAUCCCAUUUGACCUCCUGAGCACUUUAGAAGCUGAAAAAGUCUAUCAGAACCAUGUACAGCAUCUAAUAUCAGAGAAGAGGAGGGUAGAAAUGAAGGAAAAAUUCAAGAAGACUUUGGAAAAAAUUCAGUUUAUUUCACCUGGGCAACCAUGGGAGGAAGUUAUGUGCUUUGUAAUGGAGGAUGAAGCCUUCAAAUACAUCACUGAGGCUGAUAGCAAAGAGGUGUAUGGUAGGCAUCAGCGAGAAAUAGUCGAAAAAGCCAAAGAAGAGUUUCAGGAAAUGCUUUUUGAACAUUCUGAACUUUUUUAUGAUUUAGAUCUUAAUGCAACACCUAGUUCAGAUAAAAUGAGUGAAAUUCAUACAGUUUUGAGUGAAGAACCUAGAUAUAAAGCUUUACAGAAGCUCGCACCAGAUAGGGAGUCUCUUCUGCUUAAGCACAUAGGGUUUGUUUAUCAUCCCACUAAAGAAACGUGUCUUAGUGGCCAAAACUGUACAGACAUUAAAGUAGAGCAGUUACUUGCCAGCAGUCUUUUGCAGUUGGAUCAUGGUCGCUUACGGUUGUAUCAUGAUAGCACCAAUAUAGAUAAAGUUAACCUUUUCAUUUUAGGGAAAGAUGGCCUUGCCCAAGAACUAGCAAAUGAGAUAAGGACACAAUCCACUGACGAUGAGUAUGCCUUAGAUGGAAGAAUUUAUGAACUUGAUCUUCGGCCUGUUGAUGCCAAGUCGCCUUACUUUUUAAGUCAGUUAUGGACUGCUGCCUUUAAACCACAUGGGUGCUUUUGUGUAUUUAAUUCCAUUGAGUCACUGAAUUUUAUUGGGGAAUUUAUUGGAAAAAUAAGAACUGAAGCUUCUCAGAUCAGAAAAGAUAAGUAUAUGGCCAACCUUCCAUUUACUUUAAUUCUGGCUAAUCAGAGAGAUUCUAUUAGUAAGAAUCUACCAAUUCUCAGGCAUCAAGGGCAACAGUUGGCAAACAAGUUACAAUGUCCUUUUGUAGAUGUACCUGGUGGUACAUAUCCUCGUAAAUUUAAUGAAACCCAAAUAAAGCAAGCUCUAAGAGGAGUGUUAGAAUCUGUUAAACAUAAUUUAGAUGUGGUGAGCCCAGUUCCCACCAAUAAGGAUGUAUCGGAAGCUGACUUGAGAAUUGUCAUGUGUGCCAUGUGUGGUGAUCCGUUUAGUGUGGAUCUUAUUCUCUCACCCUUCCUUGAUUCUCAUUCUUGUAGUGCUGCCCAAGCUGGACAGAAUAAUUCCCUAAUGCUUGAUAAAAUCAUUGGUGAAAAAAGGCGGCGAAUACAGAUCACAAUAUUAUCAUACCAUUCCUCAAUUGGAGUCAGGAAAGAUGAACUGGUUCAUGGGUAUAUACUUGUGUAUUCUGCCAAACGGAAAGCAUCAAUGGGAAUGCUUCGAGCAUUUCUGUCAGAGGUUCAGGACACCAUCCCUGUACAACUGGUGGCAGUUACUGACAGCCAAGCAGACUUUUUUGAAAAUGAGGCCAUCAAGGAGUUAAUGACUGAAGGAGAACACAUUGCAACUGAGAUCUCUGCUAAAUUUACAGCAUUGUAUUCUUUAUCUCAGUAUCAUCGGCAAACUGAGGUCUUUACACUGUUUUUCAGUGAUGUUCUAGAGAAAAAAAAUAUGAUAGAAAAUUCCUAUUUAUCUGAUAGUACAAGGGAAUCAACCCAUCAGAGUGAAGAUGUUUUCCUGCCAUCUCCCAGAGACUGUUUUCCCUACAACAACUACCCUGAUUCAGAUGAUGAUACAGAAGCACCACCUCCUUAUAGUCCAAUUGGGGAUGAUGUACAGCUGCUUCCAACACCUAGUGACCGAUCCAGAUAUAGAUUAGAUUUGGAAGGAAAUGAAUACCCUAUUCACAGCACCCCGAAUUGUCAUGACCAUGAACGCAACCAUAAAGUGCCUCCACCUAUUAAACCUAAACCAGUUGCACCGAAGACAAACGUGAAAAAAUUGGAUCCAAACCUUUUAAAAACAAUUGAAGCUGGUAUUGGUAAAAAUCCAAGAAAACAGACUUCUCGGGUGCCUUUGGCACAUCCUGAAGAUAUGGAUCCUUCAGAUAACUACUCAGAACCCAUUGACACAAUUUUCAAGCAGAAGGGCUAUUCUGAUGAGAUAUACGUUGUCCCAGAUGACAGUCAGAAUCGUGUUAUUAAAAUUAGAAACUCAUUUGUAAAUAACACCCAAGGAGAUGAAGAGAAUGGAUUUUCUGAUAGAACCUCGAAAAGUCAUGGAGAACGGAGACCUUCAAAAUACAAAUAUAAAUCUAAAACCCUAUUUAGUAAAGCCAAGUCAUACUACAGAAGAACACAUUCAGAUGCAAGUGAUGAUGAGGCUUUCACGACUUCUAAAGCAAAAAGGAAAGGAAGACAUCGUGGAAGUGAGGAAGACCCGCUGCUUUCUCCUGUUGAAACUUGGAAAGGUGGUAUUGAUAAUCCUGCAAUCACUUCAGACCAAGAGUUAGAUGAGAAGAAGAUGAAGAAGAAAACCCACAAAGUCAAAGAAGACAAAAAACAGAAAAAGAAAACUAAGAACUUCAAUCCACCAACACGUAGAAAUUGGGAAAGUAAUUACUUUGGGAUGCCCCUCCAGGAUCUGGUUACAGCUGAGAAGCCUAUACCACUAUUUGUUGAAAAAUGUGUGGAAUUCAUUGAAGAUACAGGAUUAUGUACUGAAGGACUCUACCGUGUUAGUGGGAACAAAACUGAUCAAGACAAUAUUCAAAAGCAGUUUGAUCAAGAUCAUAAUAUCAGUCUAGUAUCAAUGGAAGUAACAGUAAAUGCUGUAGCUGGAGCUCUUAAAGCUUUCUUUGCAGAUCUACCAGAUCCUUUAAUUCCAUAUUCUCUUCAUCCAGAGCUACUGGAAGCAGCAAAAAUCCUGGAUAAAACAGAACGUCUUCAUGCACUGAGAGAAAUUGUUAAGAAAUUUCAUCCUGUUAACUAUGAUGUAUUCAGAUAUAUAAUAACACAUCUAAACAGGGUCAGUCAACAUAAUAAAGUCAACUUAAUGACAGCAGACAACUUAUCCAUCUGUUUUUGGCCAACUUUAAUGAGACCUGAUUUUGAAAAUCGAGAAUUUCUGUCUACCACCAAGAUCCAUCAAUCCGUUGUUGAAACAUUCAUCCAACAGUGUCAGUUUUUCUUUUACAAUGGAGAAAUUGUGGAAACUGCAAACACUGUGGCUCCACCGCCACCUUCAAACCCAGGACAGUUGGUAGAACCAAUGGUACCACUUCAGUUACCACCACCAUUGCAACCUCAACUGAUACAACCACAGUUACAGACGGAUCCUCUUGGUAUUAUAUAA